AUGUUCGGCAACUUCGUCGAGAACCUGGGACUCAAAGAAGGUUUCGCGGAGUUCAAGGAACAGUUGAACAAGGAGCACGGAGAAGGUACUUGCAGAGUGGAUGCCAAGACCACGAUUGCCAACACCCAGUUUGCCAAGGACAGGGGUAUCGAUGUGGCCAAGCUGGACGAGUGGGAGCAGCAGAUACAAGAGCAGGCCGCCAACACGACGGCAGAGCUGCAUGACCGUACCAUUGGCCGUGCGGUGGAGAGCUUGGCACAGGACGAAACUAUUGCCCAACUCCUGGAAUUGCAGUCUGAGAAAGAAGCAGUGAUAGAGGAGCCGUCGGAAGCUGCCGUUGCGUCUGCAGAAGGUGGGCCCGCUUCGGAAGCGGAGGCGCCAACGAUCGCCCAGGAGGAGGCCAAGGCCAAGCCCAGAUCACAUCCAGACCGAGAGGACAUCCAAUCCUUGCGGAGAAGCCGCGACGAGGCCAUGGCGCAAGCCGAAGCGCUGCAGGCGCGCCUGGCCGACGUCAGUGCCGUCUCGGAUGAGGCUUUGGAAAAGGCCGCCCACGAGGCCUGGCUGCUGAAGCGAGCCGUCGAGGAGAAAGAUGCAGCGCUUGCGUCUGCGAGCGAGGUGCAUGCAAAGCUCGAGGAGCAGAUGGUGACGGCUCAAAGGCGGUUGGAGGAUCUAGAGGCAAACUUUUUGGAGCGACUUCAGCGUGAAGUGAGCCAAAAAGAGCAAGAGCUCUUGGACGAGGUGGCAUACCUGCGAAGAGCCGGCGAGGCGAAAGAGCGACGGGUGCAGGACCUGCAGGCCGAAAAUGGGGCCCUGGAGCGUCGGCUUCUGGUCAAAGCCAGCUCGGGAGUCAGCGAUGCUGGAGACGUCAUGCUUGAGGCGCACACAGCAAUUGCACAAGCCUUCGGCGAUUUGUCCGCACAGCAUCCAUGCCUGCGGCUUCUGGAUGAACCGAUCCUGUGCGGGAGGCUGCUGGCCCUGCUUUUCAAGCAGCCGCUCUUCCGGCGGAUGUUCUUCGCGGCCUCCGCCUUCCUUUGGGCGUUCAGCCUGCUCCACGCGCUGACAUCUGACCACGGUGAGACUAUCCACGUGUGA